AUGAAGCAUGGCAUGCAUGGCAUGGAUCCGAUUGGAGGCAGCGGAGGUGUGCCGGUGCAUCACAUUCACGCCAUACAGCCUGAAGCGAUGCCCUUGAAACUGCCGCAAGGAGAGAAGUUGCCGCUCACCCGCGGCCAGGACUGGCGCUGGGUGGCUGGGUCAUUGGCUGCGUGUGUCGUGGUGGCCUUGAUUCUGUAUGAGCUCUCUUUGCGAUUCCCCAGGCAGCCGCAGCUACAAGCCGAGCCAAAGAGCAGGCCACCCGAAGGUGUUGACUUCCUGGAGCAGCUGCAGCAAGCCAAGGAGGAAGUGGAGACAGAUUUCAGUCUUCUGGAUGUCGAAAGGGAGUUUCAGAAAAAAUACACAGACAAGGCUCGCCCACUGCUGUGUUCCGCGUGCAAGAUCGCAGCCGAGCGCAUCGGGCUGGAGUUAGAUGCGCGGAAUGCCACUGAGCAGCCGGAUCCAUCAACUAUGCUCAAUGCCACCAAGGAGGCUGUGCUUGCAGCAUGUCAAGCUUUACCAUCGCCUUUAGUCGUCGUGGAAGGCGAGGGCAAGGCCAGCUUCGAGGAAGUCCAUGAUAGCGAUCAUCGGCACCUUACCGGAGUUGAGUUGCGGAGGGCCGAAGUUGCACAGCGCAGUGUCGACCGCCUGUGCAGAGUGCUGCUGGCUGAAGCGAAGCUGGAUAUGUUGCAGCUGAUGAUGCAACACAAGGUACCGCAUACUCGCUUCCAUGGACAGGUGUUGUCAGACAACUGGGAGAGGUGGCUUUGCGCAAGGAGGUCUCGGCUUUGCAAGUACAGCGAGGUGAUCGACGACGACGAAGAUGAAGAAGGGGAACUCUAG